AUGGAAGUUCGUAAAAAUGUUAAUGGAGCUUGUCGUCUCUGCCUUCAUGGAGAAGGAAGGAUUUCAGUUUUUGAAGAGAAUCCUAAAUGUUCCAUAUCUCCGGAGAGCAUAUAUAAUUGUGUAUCUGUAAAGAUUACCAAAGAAGAUAGAUUACCUAAAGGCAUCUGUGAAAUCUGUUUAUCUAAUGUUAAAAGUUGGUGUAUAUUUAAAGAUACUUGCGAUAAAACACAAGAAACUUUAAAUGAUUGGCUCAAUUGUAAUGGGCUCAGUUCUGAUGUCAAAGAGGUGGAAGAUGGCAUAUCAAAGAACUUGUUUAAUAAUACAGCCGUAAAACCUUUUGAAAUAAAUCAUGGGAAUGAAAAUUCUGUUCUUCCAGUCUCGGCAUUACCUGAAGUGGUGGAAUCAGGUAUAUGCCUUGAUGAAAAUAAGAAAAUUCCGAAAACUUUACCUGAUACAUCUAAACAUUUUACAGAGGAAAGAACAGGCGAAAUUUCAAGCACCUUAUUUACUGAGGAAGAGAAUAAACAAUCUUCAAUUGUCAGCUCGACAAAAGAGAUUUCAGAUUCUUGCCUAGAUAAUAAUAUAAUCAGUUUAAAUGACAGCAUUGAAAAUGAAAAUGUCGAAUCUCAUAGUAUUCCUAAAGGUUUUCUUAAGACGACUGAAUCGGUUAUGGCGUUAUGUAAUGAGUUACAAGAAAGUAUUCAGAAUAAAGGGGUAUCUAAUUCUAUUGAGCCAAUGGAGGUAACUUCUAAUGACAUUGACAACGCUUUACCAAAAAUUUCCCUACCAACCAGUUCAGAUAACUUAUCGACCAAUGAAAUAAAUGAUUGCUUUUCAGCUAUAAACAGUUCGGUCGAUGCAGUGGAAGCCAUCUUGGAAAGUUCUUCCCUUUUGGAGAAAGAAAAUAAUAUGAAAUCUGUUGACUCCAACCAUGAUUCGAUGGACACGGAGGAAUUGGCAAGUUCUCAGGGUGGUGUGAAACUUGUUUGUGAUUCUGAGGCGAACAAAUGUCUAGAUGUAAGGUUGAACGAAAGUGCUGAACUAACUGAAGUGUCACCAUCAUCUGGAAAUGUGUCCUCUGCGACAGUGGAGUCCCCGGAUUCAGUAGCCGACAAUGCCAGUGGUGAUUCUAGAAUUAAGUUAUCAGAAAAUAAAGUUAUUCCCGAUACCACAACAGAGCCUACACCAAAGGAAAAUGAAGCAGCAAAGAAUGACCCAUCUCCUGAUUCGGACAAAGAAAACUCUACUCCGAACUCUGCUACACCAGCCAAUGAUAUUUCUAAAGAAAAACUGAAAGUACCAGAAUCAGUUGAAACAUCAACAGAAGGAGAAAACCAAUCUUUUUCUGGUUUAAGAAUUGAGUCCAUUUCGACUUUAAAUUCUGAAACUUCAGAAUUUUUCAGUCCUCAGGACGGUAAAACAACCUCUGAAAACAAUACUACUGCAAAGCAAGUAGAAAAAGUUGCUGAAUCUAAUACUAAUGAAAGCUCUAACUCAGCGGUGGUGUGUUCUAGUUCAGGUAGCAACAGGGAAAGUGAAACUGUGGAGGGGCAAAGUUCAGAAUCAGAGGUUACUUCAGAGCAGUUGAGCGUUCCGUCACCUGUUCAAGAUAACUUCACCGACGAGGAUAGAUCUGAAAUAAAUGUCAAUGACCAUCUGGAAGUUGAGAUGAACACCAGGCCUGAUGCUGAGCAGGAAAUUGUGUUUUCGCAGUUGACGGUCCAAAACAUUAAACAAGAACCAAUAGAUACUCAUGAAACAGUGCCCUCCAGCCAUAUCGAACCUAUUUUCCCUAUAAGGGUAAAAUCUGAAUUCAGUUCUUACGACUUUGAUGAUAUCAGUGGAGAUCUUGGAAAUCAACCUUCUGUCUCAGGACAAGAAACUAAUAAAUGUGAUAUAUGUAAUCGGAAGUAUUCUUCCUUGUCUAAUUAUCUGAAACAUCUUCAAACCAAAGUUCAUUUGUACAAUGCCUCAUUAGGUCCAGACAACAUUCCGUUACCUAAUAAUGUCGCUCCACCAGAUUAUGUUGAUCCUAGGAUAAGUUAUUCAGAUUCAUAUUCUGAGGAUUCUAGACUUAGUGGUUAUUCCAACGAUUCUCCUAUGCUUCGUUCUAGACUUUGUCCUGAAGAUUUUAUACAACCUCCAGUAAAUAGGUAUCAGCAAUCUAUCAUUCGGCAAGCGCAACCAAGAUUACCUUACCCAUCAUCUUUUAGUAAAUUAUCUAGAAGAAAAGAGAAAUGUAGGUUAUGUAACACAAAAUUCACAUAUAUAUCUGAAAUGAGAAGACAUUUACUUUCAAAAAAACAUAAAUGUAAUGAACGUUUAAUGCGAGAUAAUCCCCUCAUGAUGAGAGAAAAUGAGCGGAUGAUAAGAGUAAGUGAGCAAAUGAUCAGAGAAAAAGAACGUAACAUGAAAGAAAGGUCUAUGAUGUAUUCUAGAAAUGAAGAAACACCACCUUUACAAUUGGAAAAGAAUCAAUCAACAUUCAUAUGCCCUAUUGAAAAUUGUCAUUAUUCUUGUCAAAAAGGGGUCCGACUGUUAGCUCACAUGAAGACGCAUGGGAUUGGGCAGCCUUCUGCACCUCCUGCACCACUUGUCUCAAAAGAAUCCGAUAAUAUUGGAACUAAGCCUAAGUUGAGCCUGAGGCAGCAGGAAUUACUUAAGAAAGAAUUAGAAAAACGAAAAGCUAAUGUUUUCAGUGAACAAAUCGUUGUUGAACCUUUGAUUCAUGAUUACAGAUGUGAAGGUUGUAGUAAGACAUUCCUCCGAGAAAGUGGUCUCAAAAAACACAGCUAUUACUGUUCAGCGAAAAUUGCUAAUCAGCAAGAGUAUGAAGAUGAAGUAGAAGAAGAAGAGGACGAGGAAGAAGAAACGCCUAAAUUAACUGAUAACAUCCCAGAUAACUUACAAAUAAAGAAAAUGCAUUGCCCAAUAUGUAAUCUGACAUUUGCUGCUAAAAGUGUAUUUAUCAGUCAUGUUCAGAUUUAUCACAAGGGAUCUGCAUUGGAAAGUGGGCUUUUCAGGCCAAAGAAGGCUGUUAUUACCUCAAAUAAAUUACGUGUCAAGAGCAGAAAAGGCCAUGGCUAUGUCUGCAACCAUUGUGGUAAAAAAUUCAACCUUUUGUCAUCAUUGAAUUUUCAUUUAAAAGUUCAUAGUACCAAACAUAUUUGCAAAAUUUGUAAGAAAGGAUAUGACUCUCGUAGGGCUUUUAUGGAUCAUUGUCGGUUGCACUUCUUACCGCCUGGCUCAAAACAGACUUUAUGCCAUAAAUGCUUUAGGGUGUUCAAAACAAGAGCAGAGUUUUCCCACCACCGAAAGCAUGAUAUGUGCUCUAUCAAAAUGAAAAUCUAUACUUGUAAUAUUUGCCAGCAUUCGUUCAAAGAUCCGACAGCUCUAGAAGAACAUAAAAUCAGGUUUCAUAAUGAUGUACUUGAUGUUUCAGAUGAUGAACAAACUUCACCUGUCGAUCGUAGGCCGAUGGUACAAAAUUUAUCUAUUGGCCGUCAGAAUUUUGAGACUGGUAAUGAAAAUCCCCGCCCCGGGACAUCAGCAAAAUUGCACUCUUCUAACACAAAUCAGUCAUCUAGUUCGGCAAAGAGUGAUCCAUUCCUGCAUUGUGAUGUUUGUGACAGGGAUUAUGCCACUUUAGCUUCAUUGAAAAAACAUAUGUGGAAGUAUCAUCAAACAAAACCAACGUUAACUCGGCAAAUAGAGAUUGCUAAGAAAAAUAAAGUUAUUAAAGCUAGUGUUCCUAAAUGCUGGAAAUGUAAACAUUGUAGAAGGGUGUUUAGUAACAGGAGAAUGCUCGUUGUCCAUCUGAAAAAAUGCAAAUAUAAUGCUUUUGAGUUAGAAGAUGGAAUGUGUUUACAAUGUGGAAAAUGGUGUGAAUCAGGAAAAUCUAGAAUCUGCAGGUUUUGUCUCCCAGAUUUAAAUAAAAUUCCAAAGACUAAAAAAAGUUCACUAGAAUCGAACUUUUUGAUGACACCUAAGUUGGAAUUCAUGAUGAAUCCGAAGCAAGAAGUAAAUUCAGCCCCUCCCAGAAUACUGAAUCCUGGUUUGCCAGGUCCAUUACCUAAAUCAAAAACCCCACUUGCCCCAAGGGGGAUAAGGCUUAUGAAGUGCCCUGUCGGUAACAAGUAUUUUCGGAGUGAAUUAUUAAUGAUCAAGCACUAUUCUCAAUGUGACGGCAGCUGUGAGAAUCGUUGCAGUCAUUGCAGAAAACUCUUAAAUUCUGCCAAAGAGUACAGAGUUCAUUUAUUAAACAGUAACUGUUAUGGUCACAGCAGAGCUAAACCCAAAGGUACCAAGUUACCCACGAAGCAGGUCAGCAGAUUCUCUUUACCAAACUUUUCUGAACUUGAGCCGUUUGUUGCCAAGAAAGAGGAUGCAGAAGUAUCGGCUGAAGUGAGCACGAUAGACAGUAGCAUUUCUGAUGAAAGUAGUUUGAUGGGAUUGGAUUCGGGAAUGUUAAAUGAGCCUUCUAAUAAAAUGGCUGAAGAAAAUUCUAUAAAGAUUGGUAGGGUUUGCACCAUUUGUAACAAAGUUAUAACUAUGCAAAGAGGUCUCUACCGCCAUGUUUACAGUUGUUUUAAAAUUAACAUGCUUUCACAAGAAAGUGUGUCUUGUAAAAAAUGUAGCAGAACAUUCAGUAAACAUCUAUCUAUGAAGGAAAAUACUGCUUCAAUCAGGCAACAUAUACUCGACUGUCAUUUUAUCCCUUACUAUGAAGGAGAAGGUCUCCUAGAAGAUGGAAGGCCUUCGAACAUCCCUCCUCCACUAUUGUGUUACGUUUGUUCAUUUGGCUUUUCGAGUAAUGAAAAUCUUAGGCGACACAUUUUGGAGCAUAGGAGUAGAAAAGAUGAAGUAAACAACAUUGUUCUCCUUCUAGAAGCCGAGCUAUUGUCUGAAAAGAGAAUAAAUUCUGAUACUGUUUGUUACAACAUUGAGAUACAGCCAGAAAGUACUGAAACAUUAUCUUCUCAACCAGUGAGAAAGAAUAAUGUGUUACGUUUCAAAGUCCCUGGGAUGCACAGUCUAGAACCUCGAAAAAUAAUAAGAAAAAAGCUAUUGGAAUGUGAGAAGUGCAGCAGAAAGUUUACGAAUCGUAAUAAAUUUUUAAGGCAUAAGAAGGUUCAUGGGAUUGUUACACAAAGUGUGUUCCAUGAGGUUUCUGAAAACUAUUUAGAAUACAUUAGCGACCAAACAGAACCACCUUCGCAACCAACACCUCUACAAGAACCGCCACCGCCUCCUCCACCCAGUAAUUAA